UAAUGCUUUGGUCCCAUUCCAUAAAGCUUUUUGGCUCCGUCCCUAGCUGCAGCCUUGUAGGUUUGGUGGAGAUGGUCAAUAUGUAGGAGAAGGAGAGAGCCAAAGAGAGAGAGAGAGAGAGACAGAGAGAGAUAGAUAGAGGAAAUGGAAGGUGAAAUGGAGAAGUGCAUCAUUGUAUGGAUCACCGCCAUUGCAUGUCUGUGUUAUUGUUUCUACCUAGUUGCUCGAAUCAAGGGGGAAGUGAUGAGGCUUCUCUCUCUUCUCCCCGUCUUCUGCCUCUUCACAAUCCUACCCUUCAUUCUCAACUCCCUCCAUAUCGGCAUUCUCACACUUUUCCUUCUGGUUUGGGUUGGCAACUUCAAGCUCAUCCUCUUUGCCUUCGAUCAAGGCCCUUUAACGCCACUCCCGCCCAAGCUUUCUCACUUCAUCUGCAUAACUUUCCUUCCCAUCAAAACCGAACAACAACAACAACAGAUCAUCCCAUCUCACCAAAAUGCUAAAAAAGCUCCAAAAGUGAACUGGAAAUCUGUUUUGUUGGUUCUAAAAGCCUUGCUUCUUGCUCUCAUUAUCCGAUCAUAUGAAUACAGACCAAUUAUGCACCCAUACCUUGUGCUUGCUCUCUAUUCUGUCCAUCUUUACCUUGCUGUGGAGAUCAUCCUAGCCCUGGCUGCUGCGCCUGCUCGAGCCUGUGGGUUUGAGCUCGAGCCACAGUUUAAUGAGCCCUACCUGGCUACCUCGCUACAAGACUUUUGGGGCCGGAGGUGGAACCUCAUGGUAACCAGUAUUCUACGCCCUACCGUAUACACCCCCGUAUGCCGUAUCUCUACACCUAUAAUUGGGCCCCGCUUGGCCCAACUGUCGGGGGUGGUCGCCGCCUUCUUGGUCUCCGGCCUAAUCCACGAGCUCAUUUUUUAUUACAUCACUCGUGUUAAUCCCACGUGGGAGGUCACGUCCUUCUUUGUCCUACAAGGCCUGUGCGUCGGCAUUGAGAUCGAGGUGAAGAGGGCUUUGACCGACAGGUGGCAGUUGCACCGGGCAAUUUCCGGCCCAUUAACAGUCGUGUUCGUGGUGCUCACUUGCAUUUGGCUCUUCUUCCCACAAUUACGUAGGAAUGGUGCGUUUGAGAGGCUCAUUCAGGAGUACUCAAUUAUGAUUGAUUUUGUCAGAGCCAACCUACUCUUUAAUAAGUUGUAAACUUGUUAUUUCUAGUUCAGCAAUUAUACACCACACAAUUAUCGAUCUCAUGAUAUAUUAUAAGUGUGGUACAUAUCA